AUGGCAACCAUUGACUUUUCCAUCAAAGUAAAUUAUCAACCCCUGGCUGUCAUAAUAAUAACUUCAUCAUGUAUUCACUAUUUAAAAGUCGACUUGGUAAGCGAAGAAAAUAGUUUCCACAUAUUUCACAAUACCGGUAAAAAACCACCAAACUUCGCGAUGUUAUAUCGUAUGUCGUUGGAAAUUUCGCGCGCCCGCUACAGAGACAACUGGACUUGUCAUAAGGAUAAUUGUAUAUUUAGCAUUUCGAACGCGCAAGCAAGAGGGAGAGUUUCACUUGUUUUUAAGAAGACAUGGAAGAAACUACCACGAGACUUUCAUGACAUUUUUAAAAAUCUAUACAAGAAAAUGCUAGAACAACGUGCAAGACCGCGAGAUUUUAAGUUUGUAUUUGAGACUCGUAGCGAAGAUCUUUCCAAUAAUGACGAGAAUACUUCGUAUCAAAACUUUGGGACCUUGAAUGAUGACAACACUUCCUCACCAAACACAAGUUGUUCGAUUCCCACUUCUCAUAACUCUCAGAUGAUAAAUAAUUCAUCUCAUUAUAAUAUUGGAAAUGUUGCCAAUAAUUAUGAGAUAACAAAAUUCUUUGUCCCCAUCAGGUCCCACAGCUUCGAGGUUGGUCCCUUUGAUGUUUUGGAUUAUACCGUCGCGAAUUGUGAGAUAAAUAGAUUCUUAGUACCCAUCUGGUCCCAAAACUUUGGGAUUGACCCCUUUGAUUGCUUGAAUUGCACCUUACCAGAUGCGAGUUUCAGUAACAGCGGAUCCAACACUCAGAUAAAUGAUAUGGUUGCCUCAACUAAUCACAUUGUUAGACCCGUGAUAGUAAAUAACGAGAGUUCAAUCGAGAAUGAUUAUGGUAAUAAAAAUAUUGAAAUGAUUCACAACAACCUAUCAGAUACAUUCGACAUUUCUAACCCCCAAUUUCCAAGAAACUUCGAACAAAAUUCAAUUAACCAUCUUCAACAAAAUUUCUCUUUGGAAGACAUUCUAAAUUAUGAAUCGUACUUGGAUAAUAACCACACUAAUUAA